AUGAAUGCUGGGUUGUUAUCAGGUUUUGGACUGGAAAAUCUGCUUUUUCCAAAGGUUUCAAACUUAGGUGUCUGCUUUAAUCUAAGCUUGGGAAAUCUGCUUUUUACUAAGCGCCCUUCAUGUCCAGUUAGUGCCUUAUCCAAAGCUGAGGCGGACUCCCAAUUCGAGGAGUAUGGGAAGAAGAUUUCUUUUGGAGGGUUAGUUCCCAUUUAUGAUGUCUUUAAGGAAUUCCAGACGGAUCCCAUUGAAAGUCCAAAGCCGGACUUGUUCAUUGGGAAAAUUGGGUGGUAUCACUUUGCAGACACUGCUCUUUACUACAAAGGCAGUUUCUGGAGCAUUGUCAAGUGUGUUCGGGUAGAGUCUGUUCUCAAAGCAACACAAAACUACCCAGAUGACCGUGAUUACACUAGCGAAUGGUGA